AUGAACAGAGAAAAGAUAGAGUUUCUGGAUUUAGAAAUCUACGGUACAUCCAAUAAAUUACAAUGUAAAACAUUUGUGAAACCAACUGCCAAGAACAGUUACAUACAAUUCAACAGUUGCCAUCUACCCAGGUGGCUAAUAAAUGUCCCCAAGGGCCAAUUCAGACGUUUAAAACGAAAUUGCACUCUGGAAACACAGUUUCAAGAAGAAGCUAAGAAUCUAACUUCACAAUUCAUAGAAAAACAAUAUCCCAUACAAAUAAUAGAGAAAUCCCUGAGUGAGGUGAAUAAAUUAGAUAGAAAGACCUUUUUUGAAAAUCAAUCUAAAGAAAUAGGGACAUGGGAACAACAACCGAAAAUAGUUCUACCUUAUAACAUCGACCAUAAAACAGUAGAACAAAUACUGAGAAAGCAUUGGUAUCUAGCCCAAAAUGACAAAAGUAUUGGUAGCAUAUUACCUAAAAAUCCCCCUGUGAUCUAUAAAAAGGCCCCAAACUUGGGGAUCACUAUAGCUCCAACGGUUAGUGACAAGCUACCAAAGGCUAACAAGACUAGAAUUUGGCAAGAAAUCUGUUCAAAAGUUAAUGCCUUGGGAGUUGUGAAAAGGAGUAUUGCAAACAUCAUCCACAAGUGGUAUGAUUGCAAGAGGCAAGUGAAGGAAAAACUGAAGAAAAUAGAUCAACAUUCUAAGCAGACGGGUGGUGGUCCUGCCAUUGAAAUUAAACCUUCCCAAACUGAGGAGAUAGUUGCGGACACCUUUCGAAGAGAGCAGAUAAGUGGGAUUGGCAGCUUUGAUGUGGUGGCGGGCAUUGAAGACACCAACUCCAGUGAUGGAGAUGAGCUUAUCCCAGAAUCCCCAGGUCCAUCUUCAAUUGUCUCCCAGCAAGAUUCUUCAACUUCACUACCUUCAGGGCAACAUAUUUCCGAAGAGGACACCAUACCUAACCUUUCUCAAAAAUUGACACAGUACAUUUCUAAAAAUGAGGCUUUUUUAACAGAUAUGCUUGUUAAACAAGGAGAAAUUGUGCAGGUAGUUAGCCAUUCUUCUAGCAAUGUUUGCCACGAAUUAUGUACAAUGACAAAUGUGCUUAGAGAAGUGAGACAUUUGUUGCAAAAAGUAGUCAACCAAAAUGAUGUUACCUCGCCAGCAAUAACGUCAACAAAAGUCUGUACUCCAUCCCCGCCCGCUUUGCAAACACUAUCACAUAUUUCACCAAUACUUGUCCCAUCUGAUGUAGAUUCUAGGGACAUAUCUCAACAGUCUACCAUCUUUUUACAAUGUCACCAAUAGACCUAACUAGUCAAGACUGUGAAACAGUGGGAUUAGUUAAAACUAUAUCUCAAGACACAUCACAUGUUGUCAUUAAUCCUGGUGGUAGUGGUGAUCAAUCUUUUUUGGGAACAGAAAUUAGUCAAACACCCUCAGCUGGUUUUUUGCUCUCUGUCAAAUAAUAACUUUCCAUACCUAACACUCCCAAGCCAAGACAAACUAGUGUGGCUAGUUCUCACUCAUCUCCCAGAACUUUAAGAAGUACGAGGUCUUUGAAAAGUAUGCCAUCUAAGAACUUGUGCCCCCCACCAAAAAAAGGGGCAAAUUUUAAAAAAUAUACAUUCAAGUAUACUAUUGAACUGCAAACUAUUACAUAUUUUACCUGCAGUUACAAUUUGUAAUGUCAGUUAAUGCUGUCGAACAAAUUUAUGUCCAUGGCCGGAGGGGGGGCCUACCUACCUAAUAAUGCAUAUCUCCUUUAAUGUUCGAAAAUGUAUACUCACAUGCCUACGCUAACCCUUAUCUCCAAUCUAGCUGGAACAUUCUCCAUUACCUGUACUCUCUUGCAUCCAGCGUGUUUGCAAAUCAAGAUCCUGGAAGAGUAUAUAUGUACGCACAAAUUUGCUACAGUUGCUCCUGCUAACAUGAGCAAAGCGUGACUUCAUAACAAACAAAAAAUAUAAGAGCACUCUAAAAUUUUUAUGGAGCCCCAAGUUUUUAACAACUGAUGAUCUUUGCCUUUUUUUUUACCACACCAAAUUUGUUUACAAUAGAUUUAUACUUGUCCUUGAUUACUAAAUUUUGGGGAUAUCUGACUUAGCAGUUUUUUAAGACAAAGCCAGAAGGGGAUACCUAAAUAAGGACAAGUCUAAGUUAAUCAUUUAUAUGUGCCAUUCCUUCUGGCUUAGCCUCAAAACAUGCAGUGUCAGAGAUCCUUAAAAAAAAUUUCAAAUAAAAAGGGGAAAUGUUACAUUAAUAUUUUUCUUUUUAGCUUUUUAAUUACACUAAAUAGUACUUAACAGUUCCCGACAGGAUCUCCUCAUAAAUCUGUUGCAGCAAGGUAGCCUGUCUGACUUUGAGUUCUGAAUAUCUUUUUUGAAGCUGACGUGGGCUUCUCUUUGUUCCAUACUUUCUCUCUAAUUUUCGUGCCAAUUUUUUAAGGAUCGUUGUUUUUCUAAGGUAUGAUGGCUCUGCCUCUUGGUCGGAAUAUCUUCAACACUCUAAAUAUCUCACCAGGUAAACAAGUUCA